AUGCUCGACCACACGGGGUACCCGGCCCUCGUGAACCAGGUCAUCGGCUACGCAGCGGCGCACGCUGCGGCCCCGGGGACGGCACAUCCGCGCACGCUGGCAGCGCUGCGUCUCACCUCGCGGGCAGUGCGGGACACGGUCGACGCGGCUUUGCUUCACCACGCCGAGCUGGCCGUCACGACACACGGAGUCGCGCUCAUCGCGCCCCGGGAUGCGCGCUUCCCGAUCUUUGGGGCCGAUUCGCCGCCGCCCCGCGCGCGCAUGGACAUGCCACUUCGCCCGCACCUCGUCCGCAUUCUCGACCUCGACCUCGACGACGACGGCGCCGGCGCGCCCCCCGCGCUCGCGGGCCUGUCAGUGUCCACCCUGCGCCGGUUCGCCGACGGGCGGCGCAACGACCGCAUGCUGGGCCGCAGCUUGCCGCUGAGCGCGCACACCCUCGUCGACUUCCUCCGCCCGCGCGACGGCGUGGUGGCGUUCCCUGCCGGUGUGCGCCGGUACGUCCUCCACCUGGGCUGGGCGCCGGCGAUCGGUUCCAGCGGGCAGUAUGCGCACCUGGUCUUUGGGGCACAGUCCCUGCGCGAGGUCGCGCUCGUGCUGCGGCCGCGGGUGAUGACAUGGCCCGAGGACGAGUACCGCGGCUUGCCGACGUUCGUCGCCGACGCGCUGCGGCUGGGGUUCGAGGUCGUGCGCCGCGGUGGCUCGCUGACCGUCGCCGGUGGCGAACUGGUGCACCCGCUCCAGCUGGGCGGGCGCGAGGGUGACCCCCGCUGGAAGCUCGAGUUGUUUGAGAGUGUCCUCUGGGGUCUUUGGAGGGACGCUGGCUAUGACGACGACAGCCGCGAGAGGGUGCGCGCCGUGCGCCUGGUCGAUUGGUGGAGAGGGCUUGGGGAGCAGAGGGAGGUCGAGGGCGUGUGGCCCGCUGGCGAGGACGCCUAA